GAUUUUGUGUAUAAAUACUAAAUGCCGUGUUGAGGAGGUACAUUACCAGCCGCGUGUCGCCGGACCCACACGCCGAGAUUAGCUCUCUCAGGAGAAGAAAGUCUCCGUCACUUUACAACACAAUGAUUCUAAGGCUUGGAAGACUCGGGUAUUGUUCCCGAUAUUUGUUGCUUCCGGCAUUACUGUCCAUUUUGUGUGUAGUGUACUUGGGAUUACUCAAAGACAGUGUCAUGAGAACACCCAUCAUAUACAGUAGUGUCGAUAACAUUGCGCGAAUAGAGGGACAACAGGAUCGGGCACCUGCCGAAGAAAAAAAUAGAGUUAAGAACAUACUAGUUGUGGCGUACCAGAGAAGUGGGUCAACUUUCACUUCCGAGAUCCUUCAGCAUGGAGACGAAAAGUCCUUCUUCAGCAUGGAACCUCUGUGGCAGACCUACAGGACCUGUAACAUACGGAGCGAGGGCAUAUGUUGUCUCAACAACAAGUGUCGAUUACCAUUGCGCAAGUACGAAGAGAUAGAAUAUGCCUUGUCGGUGCUACAGAAGAUCUACACCUGUAAUUUCAACGCUUUGUCAUACAAGAUUCUCAAAUCCUUUGUAGCCUUUCCUAGCACAGGCCAAGGCUAUCUAAGAUCUGCUGGAUGUUUCCAGCAUAAAAGGGAAAAGAAUGUAAGCCAUUGUGUUCAACAUCUGACAGACCUCUGUAGAUCUUCCUCUGUCGUCAUUAUCAAGGUACUAAGAAUCGAUAUGGAGUUAGCCAGGGUUUUAAAGACGUAUCUAAACAACCUGUCUAUCAUCCACCUCGUGAGAGACCCCAGGGCCAUUAUGAACUCCCGAGCCAAAGGUCACUUCCUAUCUAACGACCCGCUUUCUUCACAGUCCAUGGCACUUUGCUCGGUCAUGUAUAAAAACAUAAUGAAUGUGCAACGAUAUGAUUCUUGUUUUACGCUACAGUUCGAACAUUUAGCAAAGGAACCGGAACUAGUUGUCAGGCGACUUUAUAGCUAUUGCGGGUUAAACUUUACCAUGGAAACCUCUCGGUGGUUAAAGCUACAUACUAACGCCUCCCAGCGUGACUUGUUUCAACUUCCGGUAAAUAUAAAGGACCGCAAGAUUACCUUUCUUAAAAAUUCGAUGCACGUUUCUCAAGACUGGAGAAGAAAAAUGUCAUUGAAAGACAUUGGAAUUAUUCAAAAUUCUUGUCACGAAGUGUUAGGGGUGCUUGGAUCCCGCGUUUUUGCAGGAGAGUCGGAACUUCGAAAUGUAAGCAUAAGUGUUUUUAGCGCAAUUUAAACGCACCUAGAAAAUG